GUAUCCUAUGCUUCCUUUUUGUGAACUUGAUGAGGAAGGAACGUAUCACUCUUACUUGAUAAGAAAUGUUGGGAGUCUUAUCAAAUUAUUAUGUUUGACCACUAAGCCUACUUGUGAGGAAUGACCUCUUUUUCUUGUUGUCCCGGGGAUUUAAUGGUCCAGAAAGACAGUAGUACUCUAUUUUGUUUAGAACAAUUGCACCUACUUACCUUUUUUGGAUUUUGGCUUCACAUAAGAUGUUGAUGCCGGCCACUUUUUUUUUUCUCUCCCAUUUAGCACUUUAAUGGUUCUUCCUUGGUAUCAUCAAAAUUGAAGGAUCAUUUCAAUGGCAAUUUGCAAGUCUUUUCUUCACACUCACACAAGCACACACAACCACACAGUUUUUAUUUCUCAGCUUUGAAAAGGGUGAAGCUGAGGAUUCAUGGUUGGCAUUCUUUUCCAGGCUCCUGAUCAUGGAAAAGGAACUUAUUUUUGUUCUUUUAUGAAUAGCAUUAUUUGUAUUUCCUUAUCAACUUUCUAUUAAGUAAUACUAUCAAAAAGUAAAAUGGGGGGCAAUUGCUCUGUGGCUGUGAAAGAUAAACAUUUGCCAAACCCAGCUCAGCUUGAUGUUCCACUUUCAACAUGUCGAAACGCAAGGUAUUCUCCCAGUUGGAGCUUUCGGUGUGACAACAGAACACACAUAGAGGUUGUUAUGGAUAGCUCUCCUCAAAUCUCUCAUCAUCCGAAUUCUGGAAAUGAAGUUAAGAGUGAGUUCCUCCUCACUGAAGCUGAAAGAUUAUCUGAGACCGCUGGUCCGUCAACUGCUUUCCAAUUACAAAAAGGUGAAACACCAAUUAAAAAUGGAAGUUCUAGGAUGGCAACACAUGAUAGUGCAGUUGAUCAAGCCAAUGGAAGCACUUCAUCUCCCAAGAGAAAGAACAGCUCUCCUAAGCCUUCAUUAUUGGCUCCAAGUGCUUCUGAUACGAUUAUCACAUUCUCAGUGCCUUCAACUCCUUCCCCUUCGCACAAAGCAGGUUCAUCAUCUUCAAGGAGUCGUCAGGUUCCGUCCGGCCCAACUUCUUCAAAGAAGGCAGCUUGCCGGUCGCCAGACAGCAGAAUCCCUUCUGUUCAGUCUCUUAAGGAAGACAACUCCCCUGAGGGAAGACAGUCAUUUGCUCUCUCCGUCGGAGGUUCUCAUGGUGGAUCUUCGAAUGGGUGGUCCAUGCAAACGUUCUCCGAGCUUGUGGCCUCUUCGAACAGGGAGAGAUGGUCAUUCGAGAAUGACAACCUCACUCCCAGCAGCACUACAAUUUCCAGCUCGAAUGAUCACCAGCAGACCUGCAGAAUAUGCUCGACUCCAUUGACAGAUUACUGCAUUGUUGCUGUUUUGGUUUGCGGGCACCUCUACCACGCUGGGUGUUUGGAGAAGAUGACCAGUGAAAUUGACCAAUAUGACCCACCAUGCCCUCUCUGUACGCACGGACAAAAGUCAGCAGUGAAAUUGUUCAAGAAAUCUGAAGCCAAGGCUAAGAACAGAUCGUCAAGGGUUGGAGCAGCUGAUGAUGGAAAAACACUACUGUACGAUGGCCAAAAGGCAGCUGGGGUAGGACUAAGGAAUGGAGCUAGUUCCAGCACAAAGUUCCCCUUCAACUUGAAGCGAUAUUUCUCCUUUAGCAGACCAUCAAGGUCGAAAUCUGAAAAUGAAUCUAAGAGAAUGAAAGGCUUCUGGAGAAGAAGCUCUCGUUCAUGAUGGUGUUCGUCCUGAGUUCAUAUAUCGUAUGAAGUUCCUGGCUUGGGAAAGGCAGACCAAGUGCAAGCUUACAGUUUAGAUGCAGAAGGCAUUCCUGGAUUUGCCUGUUUGAUGCUUUUGCCAUCUCUUGCAAUUUUCCUAGAUGUAUGGAAGUAAUUUCUGUGAAUUUAUCUGUCGUUUGCAUAAUAACCGGUGUAAAAUCAUGUUAGCAUCGAUACGAUAAGGGUCUAUAUCUUUGGUCA